AUGGGUAAAGAACGAUCAGCUGGUUUUUUGAUUUUUCGUCGUUCAAAUUCGCAAGUCGAGUAUUUGUUGUUGAAAGCAUCCGAAAUGGGUAUGCAUUGGGGACCACCAAAAGGACAUGUUGAGCCCGGUGAGGAUGACAUCACCACUGCUGCACGAGAAACACGAGAGGAGGCCGGUUACUCAAUAGAUGAUCUAUAUAUUCAUAAAGAGCCCUACAAAAUGCAUUACAAAGUUAGAGAAAAUGAUAAGACGGUCGUUUAUUUUCUCGCCGAACUCUUAGACGCAAAAAAGGAUCCACAACUGUCCCAUGAACAUACCGCAUUUCGUUGGGUGGCCAAAGAUGAUGCAAUACAAUUGACCAAUUUUGUACACUUUACCAAAAUGGUUAAUCAUUUCAACGAGAAAAUUGAUAAUUUAUAG